UACUUAAGUAAGGGGGCGUUCGCCUAUGUCAUUAUUUUUAGGAAACCGUAAGACAGUUACUCUAUGGUAGAAUAAUUUAUUGGUAAUAUUUUUUAAUUUUACCUAUUUUCUUUGGACAUAGUGACAGUGGUUAACAGUAGUUUACCAAUAUGAGAAUAUUUCAAGAUGAGUAUUGACUACCUUUGAUUCCUGAUGGUAUGGUCCAUAUGAACAUAAACAAACCUGUGGACAUGGGGUAUGAAGUGCAGUAGAAACACACUAGAUGCCUUUAGAAGGUGGAUCGCUCAUGUUAUAAUAGUUCUGAAAGGCUGUGAUCCAUGUGGUAGGGGUGUUGUAAAGUUCAACACACGGCCUCACAUAGCAUACACAAUGGCCUCCGUGGACAAGCCAGAGUCUGAUCAACAUGAUGAUGUUGUCACCACUGAUGGUCAAAGUAUACGUCGUCUACACUCAGCUUCAGGUUUCUCUCAGGAAGAGGAUGGUGUCUUCUGUAAGAAUGACCCUUACAAAGCCCUGCAGAGGUCCCAGUCAGAUGCAGCACUCCUGCACUCCCCUCAUGAAUCACAGCCGAAGCUGUCCAACCUUGUCAGUAUGGCAGAGAAUUUCAAUGGAGGCACAAAUAUAUCUGAGUGUUCCAAAGUAUACCUUGAUUUGUCUCGUGCUGAGGCAUUUGAGAAGGUGGAACUCGGAGAGAGUCAAGGUAGAAUGGUACGAGUAUCAUCUGGUCGAUUUUUGGAAACAAUCUUGCAAGAUGAAGAGCUCCAGACAGGAGAUCUGAGUCAUGUUUAUAGCCAGCAUUCUCUCUCCAGUGACAGCAAGUCAAGCCUUGGAUGCAGCACGAGUGAGGAUGACAUUUCAGGGAGAAUUUCUACUUGUGUAGAGAAGACUUCUUCUUCAUCAGUGAAAGUGGUCAAGACAAGUCUAGGUCAGCCUAGUGAGCAGGCCAAUAAACUUAAAGCCAAUAUGAAAUCUAGUUUUCAGAUAUACUCUCAUUCCUUGAAACAGAACAUUCGCCAGCUGCAGAUGGGAUCUGUUCCAGAACAGAUAAAUGCCUUGCAAGAAUUGAAUGUACUCAUAGCUCAAGCAUGGUCAAUGCAGAUAUAUGGUCGAGACCUUGCUUAUAGUCUGUGUGAUAUCCUGAGGACAGAACGUGCACUGGACAUUAUAGUCAAUAACUGUGCAUCCAGUAAUAAGGAAUUACGAACUGCUUCUGCAUUUUUAUUGGAACAAGUUCUCACAACAGGCAAUAGAAAGCGUGUGGCUGAAGCUGGGUUAGAGACAGUAGUAAAGAUGACUAUUACAGCUAAAGGUGAUUGUGAAUUGGCUCGUACAAGUACAGGAAUCCUAGAAAGCCUUUUUAAGACAUCUGAAGAAACAUGUACAAAUGUUAUCAAGCUUGGUGGUCUGGAUGUUAUUUUACAUUGGUGUCGCUGUAAUGACCGCUUGACCCUAAGACAUUGUGCAAUAGCUCUUGCCAACUUGGCCUUGUAUGGUGGCCCAGAAAACCAACAUCAAAUGACCAAACGUAAGGUCCCUGAAUGGUUGUUUCCUUUAGCCUUUAUUAAUGAUGACAGUGUCAGAUACUAUGCUUGUCUAGCAAUUACGGUGCUGGUAGCAAACAAAGAGAUCGAAGCUGCAGUAGAGGCAUCUGGUACCCUAGGGUUGGUCAGUCCUUUCCUUACCAACCAUAACCCAGCAGAGUUUGCCCAGAUGGACACUUCACAUCGUCAAGGGCGGUCACUAGGCUGGCUUCGUCGUCUUGUCCCAGUCCUGUCAAGCAAGAGGGAGGAGGCUCAAGCUCUAGCUGCCUUUCACUUUGCCAUGGAAGCAGGAAUCAAGGCUGAGCAAAACAAGAAGGAGGAACUGUAUGAAAUUGGCUGUGUGGAACCCCUAAAGCGAUUGGCAAGCACCCCAAACUCAACAGCAUCACAGCUGGCUGCAGAGGCACUGAAGAUAAUUGGGGAAGAGAUACCCCGCAAGCUGUCUCAACAGGUGCCUCUGUGGAAUGUGGAGGAUGUGGUCUAUUGGGUCAAUCAGGUGGGGUUUGAGAGCUAUGCUGGCAUGUUUGAGAAGUGCUGCGUAGAUGGUGACCUUCUACUGCAGCUUAUGGAGGACGAGCUAAUCAGCAGUUUGGGAAUGGAUUGCAGGAUUGCUAGGAAGAGAUUUGUAAGAGAGUUGCGUGAUCUGAAGAUAUCAGCAGAUUAUACAUCAUGUGAUCCCAGCAAGCUGGACGAUUGGUUGAGUGAGGUGGCCCCAGUGUUGUCCCAGUACACAUACCAGAUGCUGCACUGUGGGGUAGAUCGCAAGAUGCUGGCUCUACUGACAGAGGAACACUUACAAACCGACUGCAAUAUUAGCAAUGGUGUGCACCGCAUGAUGAUGCUUCAGAGGGUGAGAGAAUAUGAACAAGCAGGCCUCCCCACCAUGCUGACAAGUCCCCAGCUUAUUUGUAGAGACAUCACUGAUGGAGCUUUUAACAGUUCAGAGAAAACCAUUGAUGCUUUCAUCAGCUACCGUCGAUCUAACGGAUCACAGCUAGCCAGCCUGCUGAAGGUCCAUCUACAGCUUCGUGGCUUCUCUGUCUUUAUUGACAUUGAACGGCUUCGUGCAGGCAAAUUUGAUGAGAACCUGCUGUAUAGCAUUAAAAUGGCGAAAAAUUUCAUCCUGAUUCUAACUUCCAAUGCCCUGGACCGCUGUUUUGGUGAUGCGGACCAGAAGGACUGGGUUCACAAGGAGAUUGUUGCAGCAUUAGAGAACAAGUGCAACAUUAUCCCUGUAAUGGAUAACUUUGACUGGCCAUCGCCAGACCUCCUGCCAGAUGAUAUGAAACACCUCAGCUUCUUUAAUGGAAUCAGGUGGAUCCACGACUACCAGGAUGCCUGUGUGGACAAACUGGAGCAGUUCCUCCGUGGAGAAGUCAACACAAUCACCAAGCGAAGCCAGCUAGUCAGCAUGGGUAGUCAGGGAUCCUUUGAGCGCGCUUCUGUACAGCCCUCAUUCCACUGGAGCUCCAGUCAUGAGAGCAACAAGGGAGAAGCCAACAGCCCUGGCAGUGAGAGGGCAGACAGCUUUGACACGGGCAAGAGAGUGGCCAGUCCAGACAGCUCCUAAAUACUGCCACAAACCAGUUGACAAAUCAUGUACAACAAUCUCUUUUGGUUAAGAGACAGCCAGUGGUAUUCUUAACUGUUUUGUGUCUGCACAGAUGAUAGUCAUCUGCAUAUUGAUAGUAGAUCUCAAUUUGCAUCGUAGAAAGUUUGGAUGCGAUGAUCUGUUCUGUGCCCUUUUGAUAAGGCACAACUGUUUGCAUCAGUUUAGGAAGUUCGUUUGUGAGCAGUGAUGUUGCAGUGGAUGUUAUUAUGCAUAAUGUGUUGAAGUAUCUGCUGUUAUUCAGAUAUCUUCAGUAUUGCCGUAUAUCACGGUUGUACAGAGAGUGACAGCAACCUUUAUCCUGCAUGCUCCUUCAAUACUCACACCCACAGAAAUAUGUAUUCAGGGAUUGUUGCUGCUAAAAUAAUGUUAUGCUGCAUUGCUGUGCACAUUAGCUGAUCUUCAAAGCAUCACAGCAGCUGCUAGGUUAUCAUCCAUGUAGUUCUCUCAGCGGGGGACUUUUAUGCUAAAUAAUGGUGAUUGACUUCUAAUUGGAGAGAUUUUCUGUUUGGACAUAGUUCUGCUCUUGGUUUUAAUGUUUCCACUCUAAGUUGAGACAGAACUGAUGCAUUUUAUACAAACCUAUCUCAGUCUGCAUAUCUUGUCAUGUAUCUAAACCUGGACUGUUGUCUUUGCAGUUGUUAUUCUCAGGAUUGGUGCUUUUCAAUGUUAACAUUUUAACUUCAGUAGUUUUGCCAUGUUUUUUAUGAACAUGCAUAUGGCUAUGUUUAGCUCACCUAAGCUCACGUAUAGCAAAUGUUAAUGUGACCUUAUGUCAUGCGACAUUGUCCACCCAAAUGUGAAUGAUAAAAAUUUGUUUUCAAAGUUUCAUUUGGAACUGUAAUUAUUUGUAUGAUAUCCAUGGUAUGUUUAGAAAAUGUUCACAGGAAUCUGGUCCAAAUCUGCUUAGCCACCAGGACAGCCAUAAUGAAAUGUCAUACACCUUUCUUUUAAAUUUACCUGACUUGUUGGAUUACUUGAUAACUGAGAAAGGUGAUGUAUUUAAUGUAAUGUUAUGCAGGAUAAGUAUACAAAUAUUAAAAAUGUCUAGGAUUUUACUAGGUUGCUAACAUCAAAAUACAAAGAAAUUAAACCUCACUGAGACUGCUUCUGUUUGUGCAAGUACUUGCACACACAUCUAGUUUUAUUUUGUUUGCAUGCACAAACAACGUUUGAGUCAUUUAAUGAUGAUGAUAAUGAUAAUAUAAUUAAUCUACUCCUAAGGGAACAGACCCUCCACAAGGAUGUGCAGAGCAACCUCCCAGGCAUCAGUGUGCUGCAGGCCGAGUGCAUGGGGAUAGAGCUGAAACAGUAAUCUCAUGUCAACCCCUCUCUUGUAAACUAAGGAGAACUCUAUAUUUGAUGAUCCAAAGGACUUGUGAGUGAGCAAGGUUUCAGCACAUCAAGAACUAUUCAGGUGAGCUGCAGAGCUGAGCCUGCAACACACCGAUGCCUGGGAGGAUGCUCUGCCAACCUUGUCAAUGUGGGGUCUGUUCCUUUAGAAGUUAAGUUGUCCUCUUUAUUGUGUUUCUUUUGUCACCUGUGUUGAUGUAUUGGUCUGUUCAAAUCUCUUUUAUUUUCUUGUUUGUUAGAUUCAGUACAUCUGGUUAUGUGCUUUGUAUUUGUUAAGUUACCAGUCCCACAAUAGACACAAGUAUCUUUCCAAGGUGUCUCCAGGGAUCUUGGUGGUAUGACUGUCACAACUCUCAAUAUUUUACACUGAUGUUCAACUGAAAAGCUAACGUUCUACCGUGGAUGGAUAGGUCUGCUUGUGUCGUGACUCAAUGAAGUUAGAAAGACAAGGUAACACAAGACAUGACUUGCAGUGAGGAAGUGUUAUGCACAGGGUUGAAGAGUUUUGAUGGUUUUUUCCCACCAACACAAAGACAUUACCAUGAGCAUGUAACAAGUCAACAAAUCCAUACUGAAGUCGGCAAACUAAUCACGUAAUUACACUGUAUAGUUAUAAAAAGUGUUCAUUUUGUAUCUGGACUUAGAUUUGUUAUCUAUUUAAUUAAUUUUAUUCAAAAUUUCAUUCAAUAUUGUUUACAUUAAUAUCCGCGAAAUUGUAUGUUAAGUGAUCGGGAGAUUGCACAACUUACCGUUAUUUACAGCAACCAUGGUCAGACACCUUGAAACAAACUUUAGUGGAUAGAGAAUGGAUGUAUAUAUAUAUCAUAAAUGCCAUACAUUGACUCGCUGAAAGUCAUAGUGUUGUAGUAUGACUAGUAUAUGUCAACAUAAAGUUUUCGGAGCACGGGAGCAGCGAUGGUGACUGAUCAAAUUGUUCCAUAUGAAAAUAUAUUCGGCAAUAGUGAUCAGCUGAACCAGAGUGCUAUGCUUAUGGUUAUUAAUUUAUUUCAAAUGUAUAUAGUGAAGCUGCAACUAAAAUAACAUGAUAUUGGAAUAAAUUAUUCCUGAUAAAAUAAUUGUUUCCGAUACAAUUCAUUUCAUUAAUUUAUUUCAAAUGUAUAUAGUGAAGCAGCAACUAAAAUAACAUGAUAUUGAAAAAUUAUUCCUGAUAAAAUAAUAGUUUCCCAUACAAUUUAUACGAUCAUUGUAUCAAAAUUCUUUUAAGUUAUGUCAUUGGGUAAUUUUUAACUGCAUAGCUGAUUGUUGCUACACACGGUAAUCUUAAUCUCUGCGUAUCAGAACAGGAAAUACAAAUUAAUCGGUACAUCAUCAUAUCUAGUGAUGUUUUAUCUUACAUUUCAAAUUUGUAUUGACCAAGUUUAAUUGUAAUGAUCCGUUCGUUUCUCUGAAGUCGCUGAAGGGAAACACAUUUUUAUUGCAGAUCUAGGGAUUGUGUAGGCACUGGUGCAGUGCUUCAUUCCGAUUCGCUUUAUAGACGGGGUAUACAUGUAUGGAUUAGCAUCGAUUUUGAAGGCUUGUACAGGGGGGUCGCCUUAUACGUGGGGUUGCUUUAUAGACAGCGAUAUAUGGUACAUGUCAAAAUCUCUUGCAGUUGAAUAGUCAACCUACUGUAGUGGUAUCAGUGGUAUACAGUCAGGCCACUCCGUCUACUGCAGUGGUAUACAGUCAGGCCACUCUGUCUACUGCAGUGGUAUACAGUCAGGCCACUCUGUUUACUGCAGUGGUAUACAGUCAGGCCACUCUGUCUACUGCAGUGGUGUACAGUCAGGUACCUGUCUACUGCAGUGGUAUACAGUCAGGCCACUCUGUCUACUGCAGUGGUAUACAGUCAGGCCACUCUGUCUACUGCAGUGGUAUACAGUCAGGUCACUCUGUCUACUGAAGUGUUAUACAGUCAGGCCACUAUGUCUACUGCAGUGGUAUACAGUCAGGUACCUGUCUACUGCAGUGGUAUACAGUCAGGCCACUCUGUCUACUGAAGUGGUAUACAGUCAGGCCACUCUGUCUACUGCAGUGGUAAACAGUCAGGCCAUGCAGUCUACUGCAGUGGUAUACAGUCAGGUCACGCUGUCUACAGCAGUGGUAUACAGUCAGGCCACUUAGUCUACUGCAGUGGUAUACAGUCAGGUCACGCUGUCUACUGCAGUGGUAUACAGUCAGGCCUCUGAGUCAACUGUAGUGGUAUACAAGUCAGGCCUCUGAGUCAACUGUAGUGGUAUACAGUCAGGCCACUCUGUCUACUGCUGUGGUAUACAGUCAGGUCACUCUGUCUACUGAAGUGUUAUACAGUCAGGCCACUAUGUCUACUGCAGUGGUAUACAGUCAGGUACCUGUCUACUGCAGUGGUAUACAGUCAGGCCACUCUGUCUACUGAAGUGGUAUACAGUCAGGCCACUCUGUCUACUGCAGUGGUAAACAGUCAGGCCAUGCAGUCUACUGCAGUGGUAUACAGUCAGGUCACGCUGUCUACAGCAGUGGUAUACAGUCAGGCCACUUAGUCUACUGCAGUGGUAUACAGUCAGGUCACGCUGUCUACUGCAGUGGUAUACAGUCAGGCCACUCUGUCUACUGAAGUGGUAUACAGUCAGGCCACUCUGUCUACUGCAGUGGUAAACAGUCAGGCCAUGCAGUCUACUGCAGUGGUAUACAGUCAGGUCACGCUGUCUACAGCAGUGGUAUACAGUCAGGCCACUUAGUCUACUGCAGUGGUAUACAGUCAGGUCACGCUGUCUACUGCAGUGGUAUACAGUCAGGCCACUCUGUCUACUGCUGUGGUAUACAGUCAGGUACCUGUCUACUGCAGUGGUAUAUAGUCAGGUACCUGUCUACUGCAGUGGUAUACAGUCAGGCUACUCUGUCUACUGCAGUGGUAUACAGUCAGGCCAUGCACUCUACUGCCGUGGUAUACAGUCAGGUACCUGUCUACUGCAGUGGUAUACAGUCAGGCCACUCUGUCUACUGCAGUGGUAUACAGUCAGGCCACUCUGUCUACUGCAGUGGUAUACAGUCAGGUCACUCUGUCUACUGAAGUGUUAUACAGUCAGGCCACUAUGUCUACUGCAGUGGUAUACAGUCAGGUACCUGUCUACUGCAGUGGUAUACAGUCAGGCCACUCUGUCUACUGAAGUGGUAUACAGUCAGGCCACUCUGUCUACUGCAGUGGUAAACAGUCAGGCCAUGCAGUCUACUGCAGUGGUAUACAGUCAGGUCACGCUGUCUACAGCAGUGGUAUACAGUCAGGCCACUUCGUCUACUGCAGUGGUAUACAGUCAGGUCACGUUGUCUACUGCAGUGGUAUACAGUCAGGCCACUCUGUCUACUGCUGUGGUAUACAGUCAGGUACCUGUCUACUGCAGUGGUAUAUAGUCAGGUACCUGUCUACUGCAGUGGUAUACAGUCAGGCUACUCUGUCUACUGCAGUGGUAUACAGUCAGGCCAUGCACUCUACUGCCGUGGUAUACAGUCAGGUACCUGUCUACUGCAGUGGUAUACAGUCAGGCCACUCUGUCUACUGCAGUGGUAUACAGUCAGGCCACUCUGUCUACUGCAGUGGUAUACAGUCAGGUCACUCUGUCUACUGAAGUGGUAUACAGUCAGGCCACUCUGUCUACUGCAGUGGUAUACAGUCAGGCCACUCUGUCUACUGCAGUGGUAUACAGUCAGGUACCUGUCUACUGUAGUGGUAUACAGUCAGGUACCUGUCUACUGCAGUGGUAUACCGUCAGGCCUCUGAGUCAACUGUAGUGGUAUACAAGUCAGGCCUCUGAGUCAACUGUAGCGGUAUACAGUCAGGCCACUCUGUCUACUGCAGUGGUAUACAGUCAGGUACCUGUCUACUGCAAUGGUAUACAGUCAGGUACCUGUCUACUGCAGUGGUAUACAGUCAGGCCACUCUGUCUACUGAAGUGGUAUACAGUCAGGCCACUCUGUCUACUGCAGUGGUACACAGUCAGGCCACUCUGUCUACUGAAGUGGUAUACAGUCAGGCCACUCUGUCUACUGCAGUGGUACACAGUCAGGCCACUCUGUCUACUGCAGUGGUACACAGUCAGGCAACUCUGUCUACUGAAGUGGUAUACAGUCAGGCCACUCUGUCUACUGCAGUGGUAUACAGUCAGGCCACUCUGUCUACUGCAGUGGUAUACAGUCAGGUACCUGUCUACUGUAGUGGUAUACAGUCAGGUACCUGUCUACUGCAGUGGUAUACCGUCAGGCCUCUGAGUCAACUGUAGUGGUAUACAAGUCAGGCCUCUGAGUCAACUGUAGUGGUAUACAGUCAGGCCACUCUGUCUACUGCAGUGGUAUACAGUCAGGUACCUGUCUACUGCAAUGGUAUACAGUCAGGUACCUGUCUACUGCAGUGGUAUACAGUCAGGCCACUCUGUCUACUGAAGUGGUAUACAGUCAGGCCACUCUGUCUACUGCAGUGGUACACAGUCAGGCCACUCUGUCUACUGAAGUGGUAUACAGUCAGGCCACUCUGUCUACUGCAGUGGUACACAGUCAGGCCACUCUGUCUACUGCAGUGGUACACAGUCAGGCAACUCUGUCUACUGAAGUGGUAUACAGUCAGGCCAAUCUGUCUUCUGCAGUGGUAUACAGUCAGGCCUCUGAGUCAACUGUAGUGGUAUACAGUCAGACCUCUGAAUCAACUGUAGUGGUAUACAGUCAGGCCUCUGAGUCAACUGUAGUGGUAUUAGGGCAGGCCUCUGAGUCAACUGCAGUGGUAUACAGUCAGGCCUCUGAGUCAACUGCAGUGGUAUACAGUCAGGCCUCUGAGUCAACUGUAGUGGUAUACAGUCAGGCCUCUGAGUCAACUGUAGUGGUAUUAGGGCAGGCCACCCAGUCUUCUGCAAUGGUAUAUCAUUUGAUGAUACCAGCACUGAUUUGAGUACAUCUUCUUUGUGGAGGAGUAUUUUGUUACACCUGUCCAUCUGCUUGUUAUUUUCAGUAGGUGUAAUAUGUGUCUGUGUUAUGCUCCUGGUGCCACAUUAAGUCAGAAUAGAUGUCAUGUUAUUUGUUUUUGCAAGGCAAGGAAGAAGAUGUCACAAUAUAAUGGCUUGCUGUUGUUUAAAAUGUGCAUUUUCUUUACUAGGUAAUGCAUGGAUAUCACAAGAUGUUAGAAAUGUGGAUUGUUUCAAGGUAUUCAAGACUUAGGUUAACUGACAACAGCUGUAAUAUGAUAAAGGUAAUGUUUCCCCAUGCACAUUAUUCCAACACUUAUCUCAAUACAGCUGUUCCAGCCUACUUGAAGGCAACUACAGAAUAUUAUACUCUACUAUUCCAUUGGAAUGAGAUGUCUUUUGCAGUAAGAUGCAUUGCAUCUAUUGUUUUCAAAGUAAACCACCCUGGAGAUAACAGUUGGACCCCCUGUAACCUCUGCUGGUUGUAAGGACUCUGAUUGUCUGUAGUUGUUGAUUGCAUGUCAUCCUCCUCUGACGGCAUGGGAAGUUGCUAUUAAUAUCAAUCACUGCCUUGUCUGGUCCAGACUCAUUAUUUACAAGCCGCUGCCAUACUGUGAGGCAUUUAAUCACCCCCAUUCACACACACGCACAUUUGAAAGAACAAAGGUUAAAAGACAAUUUCCAGAACCUGUGUCAGUGCUAAAUUGCCUGACGCCAGAAAACUACUGCAUAUAUUUAUUGCUUGAUCAAAAGAUGAAAAUAUCUUACACUUGAUAACUGCAAUGAAUUGCAUGUCCAUUACUCAUGAAUUAUUUGUGCAGGUGAGAAAUAGACAAAUGUAUAUGAUAGGGGCUGAUUGUCUUAAGCUAAAAAAAACUCUCUGUUAUAUUUGUUAUAAUUAUUUGAUAUUUUGUAUUGUCUGGAAACUGGUGUGUCCAGAAGCUUUUGGGUAUUCAAAAGACUUGAUUAGGGACUAUAUCAUCCUACUGUUUUUGUAAUCCCUAAGUGCACUAGUCAGGCGUUCUUUCUUUCUGCACAUAUACUUUACUGAUGUUAGUUAAGUAUCUAAUAGUUAAGUUUCUGUACUAUUACUACUGGUAUUUUAGAACUUUCUUGUUAUUUUUGGAGCAUUCCAGUUUUGAUACAACAUAGGAUAUUGUAUUACAUUGUUGAGUUUUCAAAUAUGAAACUUUGGUAUUGAUGCUUUAUAGUCACAUAAGUCCUUAAUUUAGGAUGCUUGUUGUUUUAUUAUGAAAACCAUUUCUUUUUACAUUUGUUAUGACUGCUGCAGUAAUAUCAUGGUAUUACAUUUUUUGUUCAUAGUGUUAAACAAUGUGAACCUCGAUCAAGAGUUUAUGGAGGCUAAAGUCAUUGUGUCAUUAAAGAAACAUGUUCAUUUUAAGAAUUUUACAAAAAGGCGAAAGAAAUUGUGAUCCUGUACCUAUUUUUCAUUUUGAAAUUUUUAGAAGCACAUACAUAUAAAAACGUCAUCUGUUUUGUUUUACAGGUUUUAUAUACAUGUACUGUGCUUAAUUGGGACGACCCGCAAGAUUUUGUAUUUUAACUCAGAUGAGUCAAGUGAGCUUAUGGCGUCUUGGCCUGCUUGUCUGGUGUUUGGCAUCAUGUGUAAUCAUCUCUUCAGAAUCCACUAGACCAUUGAAACAGAAAUUCUGCAUGCUUGUUCUCACAGUUAGUCGUGGGAAUUAGGGGACAUUUCUUUGUGAUAUUUAUAAUUUUGACCCUGCUUUCCACUUUGACUUAAAUUCUUUCCUGUUGCAUUCCUUUUCCAUACAUCUCCCCAAAACCAGUGAAGCUAUUAUUUCACAUGCUUGUUUCCACUAAUAGUGAAAACUGAAUAUGAGGUUCGGAUCCUAUUGUAUACAUUACUCAGCCAUUUUUAUUGUAAGUGUAUCACAAUGUAGUAUCAGUGUGGUUAACAGUUGGACUCAACACAUAAGAACUGCUUUUCAUGGUAUUUUAGAAUUUAAGAAUUGUUCACCAUGUUGAUAUCUUCAUUUAUGAAAAUUUAUGAAAAUGAUUUUUUGAAAUUUGAAGUCAUUAGGUGAGCUAGUCCCAUUGCACGUUUUCUACACAUGAAAUUCUGCUGAACAUUCUGCCUUAUAGUCUGUGUUUUUAUUCCAUGUGAAGGUGAAAUGUGUGACGCAUGUUGUGCCCUGUUACAGAUGCACAGCUGUCUCAAAGGGAAAAGAAACUUGAGGUGUGACUUUCGUUUGGACCCCUGUAUUGAAACAUCAUCAAGCUAUCAUUUUUUGUAUUGGCAAGUCUUGUGUGCUCAGUAAGACUCCACAUUGUUCAAGUGCAAUUCAUUCUGUGCAAUAUAUUUCUUUGUCUGUUUAUUCUUUUACUUCUAGUCCAAGAGAUUGUUCCCAUUUAAAUGCUGGAAUUGACCUAGUAUUUGGUUGGUAUUUUUGGAUUGCCUGAUCCUUAAAGUUCCUGAAACGUUGCAUCGCAAGUGACGUUGAAUAAUGGUGACAGAGGUCAAUGACCUAUGAAGUUCAAGGUCAAUGGGUCAACAUGGAAAGUGCUCCUUCUUGAAGAAAUUAUUUUGAUGAGUGUCAAAUGAAAGCUUGUUUAAAGUCCCUUCUUUUAUCCCUUAUUUAUAACAUUUUGAAAGAUUAAAUAUUAUUUCUGGAGAAUAGUGAAGACUUGGUCACAAAGCAGUAGUAAAGUAAUUAAAUCCCAUGGCAACUCCUUGUAGAUGCAUCUCCUCUUGCAAAGACAUUUUAAAGAUACUUUCUACGACUCUGCCAAGACUUCUCCACAAACCCAUAAAAGAAUAUCAACUUAAGAUGAGAUGUUUUUAGUGCAUCUCCACUAGGAAAGACUGUACUGAGGCAUUUGCAGAGACCUGAACAAAAGCCAUUAAAAACAUCAACUAUAA